CGGAGGUGCACGUGUGGACUUCAGGGAGAGAGCCGGAGCGAGCCAGAGCUCUGGAGUGUGAAGCGGAGGCUGAAGAUGCUGAAACAGAGGUUGGACUGACAUGACGGACCAGCGGUGGCAGCACAGGAGGCUUUUAUUCUGAAAUAGCGGGCGCGUGCUGCGGAAUGUGGCUGCUCGGGGUCGCGCAGCACAGGUUUCUCCUCGCUGUUCGGAGGAGAGCGGUGCUCAAACCGGCCGGGUACCACGCCUCAGCUCCCCUGCUCAUCCCGGAGGACGGCGGGCCGAGGAGGCGCUCCGGGGCCCGGCUGAAGCCCGGAGGUCGCCAGGAGGACCCCGAGAGGUCAGGAGGUCAGAGUGGAGCCUGGAGGGCCGGUUCCAGCAGCAGAGUGUCGCCGGAGCUGAGGAGGCUGAGUCUGGAGGACGCCCCUGCAGCCAGGAGUCAGAGAGCUGCUCCGAGCCCCGGGCCGGAGCGCCUGGAGGUCGUGUUCGGGGUCGCGCCGUGCCUCCUGGCGCUCUCUCAGGGCCGCAGGAAGGCCCGCACGCUGUACGUCAAGGACGGCGAGGCGUCCCGCCGGCCCUCCGUGGUGAGGGUGUGUGAGGAGGCUCGUGGGCGGGGCGUGCCGGUGCAGCGGGUGGACAGGAGGGAGCUGGACCGGCUGUCCUCGGGGGGAGUCCACCAGGGGGUGUGUCUGCAGGCCAGCCCGCUCGGCUUCCUCACCGAGGACCCCGCGGCGGCGGAGAGGCAGGCCACGCCCCCGCUGUGGCUGGUUCUGGACCGCAUCCAGGACCCCAUGAACCUGGGAGCCAUCCUGCGCUCCGCCUACUUCCUGGGCGUGGACCGGGUGGCCAGCAGCGUGCGCUCCAGCUGCCCGCCGUCCCCGGUGGUCAGCAAGGCCAGCUCGGGCGUCCUGGAGGUCUUUGGGGUGUACGGGUAUCAGGACCUGGGGGAGCUGCUGCGCUCCAAGGCCGCCCGGGGCUGGCAGGUGGUCGGCACGGUGGGACCGGACGGCGAGCGGACCGGGAUUCCCGUCAGGCGCUGCCGCGACUUCCGGAUGACCAAACCCACGCUGCUGCUGCUGGGCGGCGAAGGAGCCGGGCUCUCCCCGGAGCUCCUGGCCUCCUGCCACACCCUACUCACCGUCCCGGCCGGCCGGGACCUGAUCCCCGGCGUCGACUCGCUCAACGUGUCGGUCGCCACGGGCAUCCUGCUGCACUCGCUGCUGGAGUCCAGGAGGUCAGGAGGUCGGCCUGCUGAUCGCUGAGGCUGGAGCAGAGCGCGUUUUCUGUUCUGGAAUAAAGACCAGGAGACUCUGAGCCUCUGUGUCUCAUUUCUGGUGUUUCUGAUCGUCAGUGAGCGUCUGGCUGCUUCCCUCUGACCGCGGUCAGUGGUCUGAACUCACUUUCCUCUGUAGAUUCAGUUAUUUUCGGUAUCAAAAAGCUUCUUGCUGUGAUUUCUUGGACUCUUGACGCCGGUGGAGUCUGGCGGCGUUUCUGAUGACUCCGGUGCUGAGUCAGCGCUGAGGAGCAGUUGGACCUCCCACAAAUGGAAUGAAGCCACAGCCAUUACCUGCUCAUUCCCUGCUGUGACUCACCUCGAUGCCAGAACACACACACACACACUCACACACUCAUUUUCAGCUGCUCACGAGCGGUUUGUUUCUUUCUAAAGGCAGAUUUCUCUUCAAAGUGGCAUUAAGUCAAAGCACAGACACAUAAAGCAGCAUUUCUUCUGCCUCUUUUAUUUUGAAGGAUUUUAUGUCUCUGACUGACUUUUCUGUCUUUUUCCAAAACGUCCAGUUAUUCUUGGUGUUUUGCAAUAAGUCCACAUUUUUCAGAAUGUCUCAGUCGUCUAGAUAUAACUGUUGUCUGUUUUCAAGGAUUUUGUGCUCAUUUCAUCUUCCAGGAAGCAGGAAGCUUGAGUCUCCGUCUCUUGACAACGUUCCAGCAGGACACCGCUGCUUCUCCCAGACACUGGAGAUGACUGAAAGCGGAGAUAAAAAAAAAGAGACUCGCGGCUGCAGAUGUUUUUCUUCUUUUAAUUCUGAAUAUCCCUUUGCCCCCGCCCCAGGAUUAAUAAAGUAUUUUCUGUAUUAACUGGAGUCGUGUC